AUGAGCACAGCGACGCUUCAGACGCCGCAGCAACAGCCGCCGCCGCAGCGAGCGGCCUCAGCUCAAGGCCAUAGACAGUACCUACGAACCAGUAACCCUCAAAACACCCGCAGCGCCUCCCAUCCCCAUCCCAGUCGUCAGUACGAUAAGGACCAGAGCCAGAAACAUGCCGAUUCAGCCCGGCCCAAGGAAGAGGAGGAGCAGGAGCAGGAGGUCAUGUCCCCGGAGGAAGUCUCCAAGCCCCCAGAAGAGAAGAAGCUUGGCCAGUCAUCCCGCACCCUCAAGGUCACCGACUUCGAGUUGAUGCGGACACUUGGAACUGGUAAAUCAACCCUUGUCGACGACAAGGACAAGGUGUUUGCACUCAAGGUCUUGAAAAAGGUGGAUGUCAUCAAGUUGAAACAGGUCGAGCACGUCCGAAACGAGCGAGAUGUCCUCGCCGCCGUCGCUGGACACCCAUUCAUCACUACCCUAAUUGCGUCUUUCUCGGACGAGACGUCACUGUACAUGCUGCUGGACUAUACUCCUGGCGGCGAGAUCUUUUCGUACCUGCGGCGGGCACGUCGCUUCCCCUUUCAAACGGUCCAGUUCUAUGCGGCCGAAAUCACCUUGAUCUUGGCGUACCUCCACGAGGUGCAAUUUGUUGCGUAUCGAGAUCUCAAGCCCGAAAACAUCCUCCUCGACGUUGAUGGCCACCUCAAACUGGUCGACUUCGGUUUCGCCAAGUACCUCCCACCGAGUCCCGAGCCGCAUGGUGAGAACGGCCAGAGCGCCACACUCGAAAAGCUGGGCACUGAGCACCCCGAGCCUCAGGCCAACGGAGCCGGCGUCACAUAUACCCUCUGUGGCACACCUGAGUAUCUCGCACCCGAAGUCAUACGAAACACCGGCCACGGGACAGCCGUCGACUGGUGGGCGCUGGGGAUUUUGGUCUACGAAAUGCUGAUCGGUCAGCCACCAUUUUGGGACCAAAACCCCAUGCGCAUCUAUGAGCAGAUUGUUGCUGGUCACAUUCGCUUCCCCACGGCGCAUCCGUCUCAACCCGGACACCGCCAUAGCCUUCACGUGCCCAGAGCGGCACGAGAUUUUAUUCUUGCGCUGUGCAAGACCGAUCCCACGCAACGCCUCGGGCACAUUGCUGGUGGCAGCAAGAGAGUGAUGCAACACUAUUUCUUUGAUGGCAUUGACUGGGACGAGAUAUACUAUCGGAAGAGGCGGGGCCCGAUCAUACCCCGGGUGGAAUGGGCUGGCGACGCUGGCAACUUCGACGAAUACCCCGAUCCCGUCGAGGGUGAAGAGAGCGAGGGUGGAAGAGGGAGGUAUACGGAUGAACUGCGGGAAGAGUGGGAAGACGCGUUCAAGGAUUUCUAG